UAAGGAACACGUCAUGAAAAUGAUUCUCCUUAUUUUCAUAUCAUUUGCGUUUAUUUGCGAAAGUUUUGCUGUGAAGUAUAAUUUAUUGAAUCAGGACUAUUAUGAUGUCGAUAAAAUUGAUGAUAUAUUUAAGCAAUAUAUUGACAAAUAUGGCAAACAGUAUGUAGGUGAGGAAUAUAAGCUUCGAAGAGAUGUAUUAAAGGAGAAUUUGAUAAAAUUAAAUGAAUGGAACAAAAAUGAUCCUGGGGUUUAUGGUGAUAAUGAAUUUACUGAUCUUACUGAAGAAGAAUUUGUCCAAAAACACCUUGGCCCACAUCGUUAUGCAAGUAACAUACCUAGUGAUAACAAUGUGGAAGAAAUAAAAAUGCCAAUAGAUGUGAAUCGUUUUAUUAACGAGCGUAAUAUAACACAUAUUGAUUGGCGAGACUACGGCGCAGUAACGCCAGUAAGAGCACAGUUAAACUGUGGUUCAACGUAUGCUUUCAGUGCUAUUGGUAGCAUAGAAGGUCAAUACGCAUUAAAGUACAAUACAACAGCAAUAAGUCUCUCUGUACAACAAAUAUUAGAUUGCGAUACUUACGACGGUGGAUGCUACGGUGGAAUGGCAGUUUAUGCAAUGGCGUCAGUCAAAAAGCAAAAGGGCUUAAUGCGUGAAAUGGAUUAUCCAUAUGAAGCAAAGACAGGUGACUGCAUGUUUGAGGAAAGUAAAUCGGUUGUUAAUGUCAGCAAAGCUCUAAUGGCCUUCAAAAUGCCCGAAGAUAUUAUGACAAUGUUUGUAGCUGGAGUUGGACCCUUAACGACAAGUAUAAUUUUUACUGAAAAGAUGAGACACAUAAAAACUGGAAAAGUUUACAAACCCGACGAUUGCCAAAAAAACAAAUAUGCAUUUAACGCGGAGGUGCUUAUAGUGGGAUAUGGAAGAGAAAACGACGAUGAUUACUGGAUACUAAAGAACUCCUGGGGAACGCACUGGGGCGAUAGGGGCUACAUGCGUAUAAUCAGAGGUUCUAAAGCCUGUAAUAUUGGCCUUCUGAUUAGCCUUCCAGAAAUCAGUUGAAUUGUUUUAAAUUUAAAUAAAAUACUUGCUUGAU